AUGGUAGCCCCUGCCUUACCUAAAGUAGCUGUUUCUGAAAAUUCAAGCCCUGUCAACCAGGUCGUGUUCUUUGAUGUCAGCAUUGGUGGCCAGGAAGUUGGCUGCAUGAAGAUCGAGUUUUUUGCAGAUGUUGUGCCUAAAACGGCCGAGAACUUUAGGCAGUUCUGCAUAAGAGAAUUCAGAAAAGAUGGAGUUCCAAUAGGAUACAAAGGGAGCACUUUCCACAGGGUCAUAAAGGAUUUCAUGAUCCAGGGUGGAGAUUUUAUUAAUGGAGAUGGUACUGGAGUUUCCAGCAUUUACCGAGGGCCAUUUGCAGAUGAAAAUUUUAAACUGAGACACUCAGCUCCAGGCCUGCUUUCCAUGGCAAACAGUGGUCCCUGUACAAAUGGCUGCCAGUUCUUUAUCACCUGUUCUAAAUGUGAUUGGCUAGAUGGGAAGCAUGUGGUAUUUGGAAAAAUUAUUGAUGGACUUCUAUUGAUGACAAAAAUUGAGAAUGUUCCUACAGGCCCCAACACUAAACCCAAAUUGCCUGUGGUGAUAUCACAGUGUGGAAAGAUGUAGCAUAGACAAGACUAACUCAGGCUCCUUCUGGGUGAUGAUCUUGAUAAAAUCGUCUGGAUUGGCCCCUGAGUCUUCUUCCCUGCCUAUUGCUGCUCCACUUGAUCAAGAGACCUUGGAAGUAUCAAAGUCAAGACAAAAAUUGUAUGUUUGUGUUUUUAUUUGUAAA